AUGGGUAGCAACAGUGAAGUUGAAAAAUUGUUUGAUUUGUUGGAGUCUAAUAAAUUAAGUGAGGUUGAAAAAAUAAAAAAAAUCUUCCAUGAUCAUUUUUUAUCAAAUAAAGACAAUUGUCUUGUAAAUGGACUGCUUGAUUAUUUCUUCUCCACAAAUUCAUUGCGAGCAAUCGAAGUUCUUGCUGGAGUACGUGAACCGCAUGACAAACAUUUGCUAGAUCGUUUAACAGAUACACUGGCAAAACCAGUUCGCCCCAGUCAGCGGGUUCAAGCGUUGUUAGUAUUGGGACACAUUGCACGAAGACAGCCAACAUGGUUGUACAAAUUGACAAAUCAUUCGUUAUUUCGAGAGCUGUUGAAGUUGUUGAAAAACGAAGUGGAUGCACUGUUAAUAGUAAGCGCCUUACUUUUAUUGGUGACUUUACUACCGAUGUUACCAGCAGCUUUGGGGCCGUAUCUCAAUGAGAUUUUUGAUGUAUUCAAUCGCCUAGCUUCGUACUAUUACACUCAUUCCAACUCUCAAAAUAAUUUAUCAGAUAAGGUCUCAUUUUAUCUGCUGCAUCUUCAUGUGGGUCUUUACAAUUUCUUUCAUCGUUUGUACGCCAUGUAUCCGUGUAAUUUAAUAUCAUACUUGCGGACACAUCACGCGCAACGUGAUCACGAGUAUCUUGCAACAUUUAAGCACACGAUAAAGCCAAUGUUAGACUCGGUGAGGAUGCAUCCGCUGUUGAUAACAGCCUCAAGAGAUACAGAAACCAGUCCAGCUCGUUGGAAGCAAAUGGAGCACCAUGAUGUCGUGGCAGAGUGUGGGCACUUUGCUUUUGACAGAAGAGAAGAAAUAUAUGCGCCUAAUAACUUGCGCGCUACUCCAUUACCGGAUCAGCAAUGUCCUUUGACGCCAAUAAAUAUUGUUGGAGAUCCACUAGGCACCAAAAUGAAUAAUGAUUUAGAAGAAGACAUGUUAUGGUCACCGAGUAUGAAGAUACCACCCAAUAGUCCUAAGUCUAUACAAACUAUGACUUAUGAACCACGUUCUGCUCCUUCAACGCCUAACAAUAGUACUAGCAGAAGUAACUCGUCUCCACCAGAAGCUGCUAUUGAAGCUACGCCUGAAACAACACCUGUUAAGGAUAUCCGACAAACAUCUACGAGAUCAACUUCCGUAGGGUCUGCUGCUGUUCGAGCUCUCAGUGCUUUUGGCAAUGGCUCUUUGACCGGUAGUUCACGUCCUGCUACGCCUAUCAGCAAUAUCAAUGCUUUAUCAUUUAUACCUGUGAUGGAAAAAGAAGGAAUUGUUUCGCAAAAAAUUAGCAAGUUACUUGCUGAUAGAAACAGCACUGUACAGCAGAUUAAUAUUGAAGGUGUGAAAAAAAUACUGGAGACUAGUUCAAGUCAAAAUGGUAGAAAUGACUCGUGGAAAGAAGAUCAAGAGGUUGUAGAAAUAGUAAAUUGCCAAAAUCCUCAAGUACAUCAUGUCGAACCUUACAGAAACCGCGACGAUUGUUUGCGACUUGCUAGUAAAAACUUAAUAAAAAAAUUCAAUUUAUGUAAAUUUGAUUCACCUUGCCAGUCUACAGCGCCAGUAACUUGUCCUAAAACAUAUCCAAAUGUAAAAAUACGUCGAUCAAAAUCAUGUUCUGAUAUAAAAGACGAAAAAAAGCAUGAAACGAGUAUCCAGACAGAUGAUUUGUUCCCUUACGAGCGUUUACUGAAUGGGGUCGUAGAUCAACGUGGUAAUGACCAGCAAACAAGUCGUAACAGCAACAGUAAUAAUAAUAAUAAUAAUAAUAAUAAUAAUAAUAAUAAUAAUAAUAAUAACAACAAUAACUAUAACAAUCCUGAUUCAAGAUUAUCGCCUACGUUGAUGCUGGAUCGUUAUAUCGAAAAUUGCGCCAGCGUUUUGUCGAUUAAAGAUAAAAAAGUGAGAUCUUUUAAUAAAAAGAAAGGCCUAGAUGAUGAUAACAGUGAUAAUACGAACGAGGAUAGUUUUAUUGACAUUGAGUCAGUUAAUCAGCAACUGCAGUUGAUGCAAAUGCAGCUACUGUUUGAACGACAGCGUAGAGAAGUUCAUGCUGAACGUAACCGCAGACUGCUAGGAAAAUUAAGAGACUCGCGUACACUUCAAGAACAAAAAACUGAGUUAGCUGAUCGACUGCGUAUAAUGGAAAGUGAAGUAGAAGGUUUAAAAAAUGAGAUAGAACGAAGUAAACGUGAGAGCCGUAUUACCGAGACAGAUUAUAAGAAAGCCGUUGAUAACUGGCAGUCAAAGUGCCUAGAAGAAUACAAUCGUAAUCGUAAGCUGACGGAGAAUCUCGAAGUGCUAGAAUUAGAAAUGAAAAAAGAAAAGACGAAAGUUGCAGAGUGUGAACAACAAACACGUGUGGCCGAAGCGGCAUUUUUCGACGCGGCUCAUCAACUUAAAGACGCGCUGAAAGCUGCCAGUCGCAGCGAUGAGCUUAAAAGGAUUCUUGAUAAUGUACAGAAAAAAUUUUUAUUACUUGGUGAGGCACAGACUAAAUAUCACGAACGUUCUUCGGGACCAGUGCCAAUACUGAGACAGGAGGCAGCUCAAAUGCAUCGUUCUUACGAGGAAGAAUUGGCGACGUUGAAACGACAAUUAGACUCACGCACAUCGACAAUUGAUGCUCUGAGGACACGACUUGCUGAACUGGAACAUCGCGAAACUCAUAUUGAGGCUCAGCUGAUAGAUCAACAACGUAUUUUACAAGAAACUAAAGAACGACAUGAGGCUGAGUUGCGCGCUGUUGAAUCUAAGUACGAGGCGCAAGUGAACAUUAAUUUGUCGCUGGAGAGUCGGAUUCUUGAACUGCAUCGUAAUCUUGAAGUUGCUAAUUGUGGAGAGAUUAAUGCAGUCGCUGCUGCAGGAUCUUCGAAUUCGAAUAAUAUAGCUUACUCGGCAUCGCCACCGCUUUCUGGUAGUCUUGCGUCCUCUAGUGAAGGUAGCAUUGCCUUUCACACGAGCACUGGUAUCAUGAGCGACUGCUGUGAUUCUGCAGGUGAAAUAGCAAAUCUUCAGGCUAUCGUUGAACCUGUACCUCAAUCUUCGAGUCAAGCGACGACACCUGUACGUACAACAAGCCAACGACGAAAGUGA